AUGUUCAGAUCGGUAUCCAGACUGGCUGCUCCCAAGCAAUUCGUCCGCUACGUUUCCAAGGGCCAAGAAGUGCCCAAGGUAAAUUUGUUCAAGGACUCGCCCGGCAAUGAAUUCAACCUCGCCGACGCCGUCAAGAACGGCAAGAACGUCAUUGUUGGUGUGCCCGGAGCUUUCUCGCCCGCUUGCUCGGCGAACCACGUUCCCGGCUACAUUAAGGCCGCCAAGGACUUCAAGAACAAGGGUUACGACGGUAUUUAUGUGGUUGCCGUGAACGACCCCUUCGUCACUAAGGCUUGGGCUGAUGAUCUUGGCGCCAAUGGCGAUGUCCAGAUUCUUUCUGACCCUAAGGGUGAAUUCUCCAAGGCUUUUGACGCGUUGUUCGAUGCUUCGAAGUUCUUCGGCAACUCUAGAUCCAAGAGAUACGCUGCCUUGAUUCAGGACGGUAAAGUGAAGGACGUUUUCGAAGAACCCGAUAACGUCUCGUUGAAGGAAUCUGACGCUUCUAAUGUCGUCAAAAAUGCUUAA